GUGUGAUGAGUAAGACAGGUCAGGAAAAGUCGCUUUCAGAAUGAGGAGAUACAGUGAUUUAAGUGACAUGAAGACGAGAGGCAAUAUAUUUGGAUAAAUGGCCAUCCUGGAAGCCUUCCUGGAAAAGGUUGAGUUAAAAAAAAAGAACUCAUCUGAAAUUCCAGUGCUCAGAGAUAAGUGGCAGCUCUGUCUCUCCUCCACUGCCCCAGCACCUCCACAGGUUAGGAAGCCAGGAUUGGAACAUCAGUUAACAUUAAUUAGCAGCUGCCAGCCCAUCUCCUCCCAUUCACGCCGGUCAUACCUCUGGACUCCAGAGAGGAAGCAGGUCCUGGAACAAACCAUGAUCUCACCUUUCUUGGUGCUGGCCAUUGGCACCUGUCUUACCCACUCCUUAGUACCAGAGAAAGAGAAGGACCCCAAGUACUGGAGAGACCAGGCUCAACAGACCCUGAGAAAUGCCCUGAAGCUUCAGAAGCUCAACACCAACGUGGCUAAGAACAUCAUCAUGUUCCUGGGAGACGGGAUGGGCGUGUCCACGGUGACGGCCGCCCGCAUCCUCAAGGGUCAGCUCCACAACAACCCCGGGGAGGAGACCAAGCUGGAGAUGGACGAGUUCCCCCACGUGGCUCUCUCCAAGACGUACAACACCAACGCCCAGGUCCCCGACAGCGCAGGCACGGCCACAGCCUACCUGUGUGGGGUCAAGGCCAACGAGGGCACCGUGGGGGUGAGCGCGGCCACCCAGCGCUCCCAGUGCAACACCACGCGGGGGAACGAGGUCACCUCCAUUCUGCGCUGGGCCAAGGAUGCAGGGAAAUCUGUGGGCAUCGUGACCACCACGCGGGUGAACCACGCCACCCCCAGUGCCGCCUAUGCCCACUCUGCCAACCGAGACUGGUACUCAGACAACGAGAUGCCCCCAGAGGCCCUGAGCCAGGGUUGUAAGGACAUUGCCUACCAGCUCAUGCACAAUAUCAAGGACAUCGAGGUGAUCAUGGGCGGUGGCCGGAAGUACAUGUUCCCCAAAAACAGCACUGACGUGGAAUAUGAGCUGGAUGACAAGGCCAGGGGCACAAGGCUGGACAGCCUGAACCUCAUCGACGUUUGGAGGAGCUUCAAGCCAAGACAUAAGCACUCCCACUACGUCUGGAACCGCACCGAGCUCCUGGCCCUCAGCCCCUACACUGUGGACUACCUCUUGGGUCUCUUUGAGCCCGGGGACAUGCAGUAUGAGCUCAACAGGAACAACGUGACGGACCCGUCCCUCUCUGAGAUGGUGGAGGUGGCCAUCAAGAUCCUGGCCAAGAACCCCAAAGGCUUCUUCCUGCUGGUGGAAGGAGGCAGGAUUGACCAUGGACACCAUGAGGGCAAAGCCAAGCAGGCGCUGCAUGAGGCCGUGGAGAUGGACCAGGCCAUCGGGCAGGCCGGCACCAUGACCUCCCUGGAAGACACGCUGACCGUCGUCACUGCUGACCACUCCCACGUCUUCACCUUUGGUGGCUACACCCCCCGCGGCAACUCCAUCUUUGGUCUGGCCCCCACGGUGAGCGACACGGAUAAGAAGCCCUUCACUUCCAUCCUGUAUGGCAACGGGCCUGGCUACAAGGUGGUGGAUGGCGAACGAGAGAACGUCUCCAUGGUGGACUACGCUCACAACAACUACCAGGCGCAGUCGGCUGUGCCCCUGCGCCACGAGACCCACGGCGGGGAGGACGUGGCGGUCUUUGCCAAGGGCCCCAUGGCCCACCUGCUGCACGGCGUGCACGAGCAGAACUACAUCCCCCAUGUGAUGGCCUACGCCGCCUGCAUCGGGGCCAACCGCGACCACUGUGCCUCCGCCAGCUCUGCGGGUGCCCCCCCGGCCGGCUCCCUGCUGUCCCCGCUGGCCCUGCUGGCCCUCAGCAUCCUGUUCUGAGGGCCCAGAGCCCAGACACCCACCAGCCCCUGACAGAGGGCCGGCUCCCCUCCCGGCGCUGCCUACUCGGCAGCCCACACCUCAAGUGGCGGGGAGGGGAGGCCAGAAGGGGCCCGGGCAGCCAGAGUCCACUGCCCACCUUGCUCUGGACCCUGUGCGGGGCCGGCCAGUUCCUGGCCCCAAGCUGUCACCCCUCCUCACUGCCUCCUGGUCAAUAGGGUGUGUUCUCUUGGGCACACAGAGCACAUAGACAGCAGGAAAUUCUCAAAGCAUCUUAUUUUUCUAGCAAAUAUAUUUCUCCAGACCCAGAGGCCCUGGCGCUUCCAUGGGACAUUCCAGAUCUGACCCUCCCAUUCUCUUCUCCUUCCCUCUGCAACCCCCAUGUCUGUGUCCCCAUGUUCCCGUCCUCUUGUGCAGGGUGAGGGUGAUUGCUCACCCAUCUGUUCCAGACUGCCCGGGACUCCCAGGGAGCCCACUCUGGGUGCCGAAUGUGCAGCCCCAGGGUGGCACAGCUGGGCAGAGCAGGCUGAGACUGGCGGUGCAUACUCCCAGCCCUGGACGCACAUGCCAGCUCCUCUCUGAAGUGACUCCCCUGUUUGGGAUGGCAGUUUUCCCCUCUUCUUGGUGUUGGUUAAAAGGGAACACAAAACAUUUAAAUAAAACUUUCCAAAUAUU